AUGACUACGACCCUUGAACGCAGUCUCUCUCGCACCUCGAGCAUGUCAAUACCUGUCUCGAGCCCUAGGUUAUCUCUCAUACAUGAAUCAACACCUCCGAUACUCUCUGAUCCCACUCUGUCGCACAUUCACGACCGCUUGACGUAUCUUGACUCCCGUCUGUUGGAACUCCGAUCCACGGUCUUGACGAAGGAUGGCUACGUUGACAGGCGUAACCGUGAAGACGAACAUAUCCGACGCGAAUUCGAAGCCAAUCGCUCCGUCUCAAAUCGGAUCGAUCUGAACGUUGUCGCCUUGAAGACGGACGUUGACCAGUUGAAGUCGGGGAUCUCUCAGCUCAAAUCCAGCAUCGGUCAGACCGGCAACGAGACCGUCUUCCUUCGCAGCGAUGUCGACCGCUUGUCCAAGAACGUGGAGCAAAUCCAAGCAGAUGUGGAGCACCUGCAAACAGACGUCUGCGGAUGCCGCGUCGAAGUCAGCAAGCUGCAUGCUACCAUCAGUCAACUACGCACCGACUUGAUCACUCUUCAACAUGAGAUGUCACGUCACUUGACUUCAGUCUUUAAUCGGUUCUCUCUCAUUGAGUCUCGCAUGAAACAUUCGGAACGUGUUCGAUUCAACUCGUUGGCCCAUACCACUCACGCCCCGAUCACCCCCGUGCCGGUUGUCGAAGACGACGGUUCCUUGCAAUGGCCCGAAUACUUUCCUCGUACGGUGUGGCGAUUCUGGUGUCUGAAGAAGAGGAGUAGGAUCAAUCGCUUGACUCAACUCGCCGAUUUCUAUCAGCUUGGAGGGUAUGAGUAUUGGGGCCGCAUGCAUCACACGGGACCUCUCUACGCAACCGCAACCGACAGUGAUUCGAGUGACUCGAGUGACUAUCCGUCAACCCUUACACGUGCAGAGGCUGUUCGUUUGUAUCCCGAGGCCGCGCAUCAGGCGUUGGCAGCAACGCUGGGGCUAGUAUAUUACAAAAUUCGCAACGAAGUUGGUGACGGGCUGACCCUGCACAUCCGUCCACCGAAGCGGCAACAGGAUGAGGUAGCUUCAGCCGCCUCCAGUGCCAAGGAGAAACCGGUCAAGAUGCCUCGCCGACCGAACAACAUGUCGCCGACUACGUUGAAGCGACUCAUUGACGGACCGUCUUUGGAAGCCAAGUCUUUGACGUCUGAGGAAUCAGAUAAGCUAGGAUGGAACGCUCACUCGGAAGUAUCCGACGAUGCGAUGAGCAAGCUCAGAGGAAUCGUGUCGGAGGAAGUUGGUACCUUGCUUCGAGCGCUUGAGCGCGGCCGGAUCAAGCUCAGGUCUACUCGGCCUGAGCAGCGGUCGAAUGUCUCGCCCUCGGAUUACAAGGCCAGCUAUGGCAACGGCAAGGUUGCUGAUGAUGAGCGCACUAUCCCUGACACUGUUGCCACUGAGGUUGUCUCGGUUUCCUCGGGUGCUGCCGAGAAGGUCGAAGAGCCCGACCUUCCAGAUACUGCAUCCGAUGCUACCAGUCCUUUAAAUGGGAUUGAAACUUGA